UUUCUGUGUGCUCUGCCAAGCAAACAUGAGUCAUUGGGCCUAUGAAGCAAGUGCCUCUCCUGCUCACCCAUCUCACAGACUCAAGGAGAGACAUGGGCUAGCAUGAAAAAAACACAUUUUAUGCCUGCAAGAAGGAGUCUAAGUCACAGGCUCAUGGAUGGCAAUAAACAAUACCUGGAACCACACAGGAGAGGAGUGUCUACAGAACCUCCUUGUCUGUCUUCAUCCAUACAUUCUUCAAUUACAACAAUAAGCCACAUUCCAUCAGAGAAUAAAGCAAUUAUUAAGAACAUGAAUUAAAGGACAUCAUUUCAGGACCUGGGUCCAGUUAUAAACUAAGUCAGAUACAGUCUGUGAGUUCGUAUUUCAUAUCCUAAUUCUCCCUUGCUUCUUUGUUUUAUCCUAUUAAACUAAGGGAGCUGGGUUCCUCCCUCUCUGCCCAGAGCCAUCCUGGCUUUUGCAUUCAUACAACAUCUACCUCCUGUGCAAUGGUAACAAUUGGUCACACAGCCACAUUAUAAACAUGUCCAGUAUCAAGGUAAGAAAGAUGUGAAUUAUUCAACCAGCUUUGAUGUCUCCAUAAAGAAGAAACACGAACAAUCCACAGCACAGUGGUCAUGAUCCCACUUUAUUUUUGGUCCCAUUUCCAUCCUUUGAUUUUAGUGUUGAUGGAAUUUUCUACACUGAGCAAAAACCUUGUGAGGGAGCAUUAAACAAAAUCAUUUAGGUAUCUGGUAUUAAAUACAUGUAGGUAGGGUGAGUUCUUCUGAUUGACAGGUCACAGCACCCACUCAUUGAGGCUAGGUCUGCCCAAGAGGAAUCACAAGGGUAUUCAGAUGCAGAAAAGGAACACAGGCAGGAUGGGCAGAGUGAUGUGGGUGCCAUAAUUCUACCCUACAUAUUGCAUGACCAUGAGCAACUCACUUUACCUCUUAGUUUCCAAAUGAUGAAAUGGACUAGCCUCGGCAAACACUAUGAGAUUUCCCACCGCAACAUUCUCUUAUUCAUCCAUUCUGGGUCUUCAUCCCAGCUCAUACUGAACCCACCACUUCAGGGCAGUGUCAAGGUCCACAACUAGUGUUGACCAAAGUUCAUUACUAUCUAUUCUUGUCACUUAAGCAUGCUCUGUGUGUGACCUUUGGGUUGGAAUAUCUUGCCUAAUCUUAGAUAUUUUCUUUGGAGACUCCUUAGAACAUCCUGAAAUGAGGAUUGCUUCUAAUCCUGUGACCUCUAUAAAAGGGCCACUGUGACCCCAGCAUCUGAGGAGACAGUGCAGAGAAACAAGUAUUUUAUGUGCAUCCUCCUCCAAACCAGUGUCAGGACCAAAGAUGUUCCAAGUUGGGAGCCUUGUUGUCCUUUGCGGCCUGCUCACUGGGACCUCAGCAUCACUUUCAGAAUUCAUUCAGAAGCUGGAUGUGCCGGUCAACUUCAGUGAGAAAACUGAGCAUCAGGAAAGGACAAUUGAAAACAUUGUACUUCUUUACGACUCAAUGACUUUGAGAAGAUUAAAUCACUCUUUUUAUCUGAAUAAUAUGAGGGAUAUAUUCAGUGGACAGAGAAAGAGGGACUUGCAAGCUGGCCUGUCUUCCAACGACAACAGCACAGAGAUGAAGAUGCUCUUGAUUGUGGAUUCUUCUGUGUAUCUGCCUGAUGAUAAUCCCAGGAAAAGAGCCAUCAUUUCCUUGAAACUCCUAUGUUUCUUAAGAAAUGUAACAGAGAGCCAGAACAGCCUGCUUUAUGUGACCCUGUGGAUAUGGGCAAAUGAAACAAUGAAGGACAUCUCUGAUUCAUCAGGCAGAUAUGGACCACUGGGCAACAAUAAUGAGACCGUGGAGCAGAGUUAUGGGUCCCCUGACCUCCAGAGGACUUUUUACCGUGUGUUCAAAUAUUAA